UUAUUGAAUUAAAGUAUUCGCAUAUUAUAACGGUAUUAAUACCAUAAUCUGUGUAAAAUGUUUAAUAUUAAUCAAUUUAUAAACUAGACGAUGUACAUUUCAAAAUUUAUGGAUUUUCAACGUUACAGUAAUAUGUAUGUAUCUAUCUGAAUUUGUCUACAAAUUGAAAUAGACCCACAUAUGUACAUAAAUACAUAUUGUACAUUGUCUCUAUGACCUGGUCAUAUAUACAUGUCAUGUAUAGAAAUCUGUGGCUUUUAAUUGAAUUAUAUUAAAUCCACAAGUUGUUGGCACUGUUAUUGUUAGAUCACGUGACAACAAUUGCACAACCACCCGUUACAUCAUGUGAAAAACUCAAAUAAAUUUGCGCCAAGUACACGACGCAAACUAACCUGUCACAAUUAUCGCAAAACGAUGUAAUGGGAAUUGUGUAGAAUGCUUGAUGGUUAGAGACAAUGAUGAUAAGGAAAGUAACAAAGAACGUGACAAAUCCAAAGUAGCAAAUUUUGAUAUCCACCAAAAGCUGUCAUACUUUAAAACAGAUUCUAUUUCGAGUAUACGCAAUGUGUUAAUCGUUUAUUUAUAUCACUACCGUAGUGCAUUUACAGCUGAUCGGCCACUGUGCACAAUACCUAAAUUGUUAAAAGUACAAUGUUGCGUUAAAUUUCAAUUAUUAACGUGCUAUUUGUAAAACAUGGACGAAAUCUGGUUUCAUUUAUCAAAUCAAUUUGAAACUCUUCAGGUUCACACAUAUGCAGUUGUUCAACAAGGGCAACAAUGGAUCACAGAUUGGCUGAUACAGGCACGUCAAUUUUUUCAAGAAUUAAAUAGUCAUCACAAUGUACAAAAUGUGAAGGAAAUAAUACAAUCAAUACUUAGUUGGUUUGCAAAAGCUUGGGAAGAAAUACAAUUUCAGUAUUAUAAUACACAUUUUAGUGUUAAAUCAUUUUACAGAAAUUUGUGCAACAAUGAAGUGUCAAAGAGAGAGCUAGCAUUUUGUUUGACUGGUUUAAUUAUGGGUACUGUACUUGGUUAUUAUAUUGGAACUAAUUGGGGAUAUAGUAUGCAUCACAUGCAUCAUAUAAAAGCUAUAAUAUGUCACCAGUACAUUGGUAUUGAGGGUGUAUCUAUGAUAGAUGAUUCAGAAAUGCCUAUGACUCAACGUCCGAACGAUUUAUUGAUACAAGUUAAAGCAGCUUCUGUUAAUAUUAUUGAUACAAAGAUUUGUUCUGGAUACUCCAAAAUUUAUAGAAGACUGCUCAAUUCUGGAAUACACAGAGAAUUACCAGUUACAUUAGGAAGAGAUUGUACAGGUAUAGUGGUAGGUAUUGGACAGGGUGUUAUCAAUUUUGAUAUUGGAGACGAAGUUUUCUUAGCUGUUCCUUCAUGGGCUCCUGGAACAAUGGCAGAAUACAUAGUAGUCCCAGAAACCCGAGUAGUUAAGCGACCAAAACUUUUUACUUUCGAAGCAUCUGCCAGUCUUCCAUAUAAUGGAUGCUUGGCAUGGGAUGCUCUAGUUAAUAGAUCUACGAUUCGCGAGGGCAAUGCAAAAGGAAAGCGAGUACUUAUAUAUGGAGGAAAUACUCCAAUUGGUUGUAUUUUAACUCAACUGGUUAAGUUAUGGGGAGGACAUGUGUGUACAAUAUGUAGACCAAGUGCUAUUUCUACAUCAAAGGCUUUGGGAGCAGAUAACAUUAUAGCAUUAAAUAGCUCAAGCCUAGAAAAAGAGUUGCAAUUAUAUGAUAAAUAUGAUGCUAUUUUUUAUACUGGAGGUCAACCAAUUGACGAACGUAUUUUAAAGCAACGAUUAGUGCCUUAUGGUUCCUAUGUAUCUACGACCCCUGAACAAUUAACUUCUGAUUCGUUAGGUUUUAUAUCUGGCAGCUUAUUUGCUGGCUGGGUACGGAUAAAGUUAAUUAUCCAGUAUAUGUUUGGUUUUAACAUGCAACAAUGGAAAGAAGGUUCGAAAUUAAAUGUAACAUACUUACAAGCAUUGAGUGAUUUAGUCGAUGCUGAUCAGUUGCAAGUGGUUGUAGACAGGGUAUAUGGACCUCAUAAUAUUGAACAAGCACUGCAGCAUGUAUUAGAUCCUGAUGCUAUUGGUAGUACAGUAAUAACAUUUCAGUGACGUCUGAAUGUUUUUAAUGCACAAAAAUUUAUAUACACCAAUGCAUGACGUACUAAGUUUCUUAAAAAGCCUAAUGUAAAUAUUGACGGUAGCUCCAAAGCACUGCCAACUGCCAUUCGAUGCAAAAUUCAAUUCCACACGUAAUUUACAAAGAUAUAGUUAGUAAAUGUGGUGCUGAAAUCAAGACUGAACGAAUUAUUCUAGUAGAAACGACGUAAUUGAUUACAGUUUCUAUGACUUUAAAUUGUUAUCUGCUUAUACAUUUACAUGAAAUGAGAUAAACAAAGAAGAAAUAAAUAGUUAUAUAACAAACUAACUGACAAACACUAGUUAUUAUAUAUAUAUGAAAUCAAAGAUGUUAUUUAAAAAUGUAUGAUCUAUUUUAUCAAAUAAAUAUGAAGGUGCAUAAGUACGUUUCAGUUAUAAUACAUUUA